AUGGAAGAAUCUAGCUAUUUUUCGACUUUGAAGUUCAUGACUCAAGACUUUGUAAGAUUGGAUAGGUUUGAUGAGACUAACUUUGUUUGUUGGCAAGACAAUAUUAGAUUCUUGUUAACCACUCUAAAGGUCUUCUAUGUCUUGGAUAAAGACCUAAAACCAUUGGAAGCGACCAAGGAAGAUAAUACACAAGAAGUCAUCAAAGAAAGGAAGAAGCGCGAAAAAGAUGAAUUGAUUUGUAGGGGUUACAUUCUCAAUGCGUUAUUAGAUCAUUUGUAUAAUCUCUACACCAACACCAAGACCGCCAAAGAGAUUUGGGAAAGAAGUACAAAUUGGAAGAAGAAGUUUUAUGAUAUGAAACCCCUUCUCCUUCAAAUACAAGAGUUGAAAAUUAUUGUGAAUCAAUUGUCUACACUCAACAUUGUUUUGCGGGGACAAUUCCUAGAGGGUGCCAUUAUCGCCAAGUUGCCUCCAUCUUGGAGAGGCUACAGGAAGAAGAUCCUCCAUAAGAACAAGGAGAUUCCAUUGGAGGAAAUCCUCAAGAACUUGAGUAUUGAGGAGGAAUCCUGUUCUAAAGAUAAGAACGAGAAGGGGUCUAAUGGAGAGACUUCAAAGGACAAUGUGGUGGGUAAUCCUCCUAAAGGCCAAGGAAUUGGGAAAAACAAGGGCAAUGGUCAAAGAACCUUAGGGCCCAAGAAGAAUGAGGGGAAAAUCCUAUCAAAUUGGUAUCAGAGACAACGAUCCAUCAUUGGCUCGAAGAAGCAUGAUUCCCAACUAGAAUCCUUCGAUGAACGAAUUGAAUCGAUUCAGGCAGAUUUUCGACGAGAGCUUAUGGAGGUGCGAUUUGAAUUCCAGCAAUUUCCCAAGGAUUUGGAUGCUCUCAAAUAUGACGGGUAG